UAAAACAAGUUCGGUUUGCACCGGCAUGUGGUAUGGAAAGCUUACGACUUGCCAGAAUAAAAACCCUACCCUAGUUUCAACCAGUUUUGACUGCUUGCCUUGCUUUCGUUAGUUUCAAAUUUCAAUUAAUCUAUCCCCUGCUGUUGCUGUUGUUCCAAUAUAUCCCAAUCUGACUCGAUUAGCUUCGAAUUGAACCCCCUAAAGCUAGGGUUGAUCGAUUCCAGACUGUUCUCACCAAUGGAAGACGAGCAGGUUCUCUGGCCAUCAACAGACUCCGACUCCAACUCCAACUCGAUGGUAUCAGCGACGCUUGGUCGAGUGAUGAGCACUCUGCUCAGUGCCCGUCCCAAGAAGCUUCAAGACGCUAUUUCUCGACUCCACUCUCCUCCCAAAAGAGGCUCAUUUGUUACUUUGGAAGAAUCACUGUGGAUUCUUCACACCUACGUUAGAGAAGCAGCUCAGAGGGAGGAGUCUUUGGAUGAAAUCCUCGUUCCCAUUACUCAGCAUUCAUUGAAACACAAGGAAUCAAAGCAUGGUAACCAAGCAAUGAUACUUUUUAAUUGGCUUUUUCAAGAUGAAAUUAUUUUCCAAGCUCUUGCAACAAAUCUUGCCGGCAUCAUAAGAAGGAAAGACGACCGGUAUAUUGCCCUUGGCUGGUGUAUACUUGUGCGUGGUCUUGUAGAGUAUGAGAUUUCCAUGAAACAAUUUAUAAAUAAUGGAAUAAAGGACAAGUAUCGUUCAUUGCUGAAAUUUUUUUCAUCAUGUAUCAGUCAUCUCAUAUCUAUUGUAUGCAUUGGAAGUUGUAGCACUUUGCAGGGGGGAUUUGAGUUGCCGACUCGCCUUUCAGUGGCUGCUGCUGAUUGCAUUUUAGCUCUCACUGAAGCAUUGACAAAAAAGGAUCUAGUUUCUGACGGGUCAGAUGAUAGGCUGAAACCAUCUAAUCCAAAUUUAUCAUUCCUGCCAAUUACUUCGGCCCCUGCUGCUUUCGUUGAGAAGAAAGUGAAACCAACUAGUAGAUCUCCUGAUGUGUUAAACAACAUGGAGAUGAAGUUGUUGCUUUGGGAUCAUUUAGAUGAACUUAUUAUUCUUGUGCAGAGACUCGAUGCUUGGAGCAGAAAAAGCCGUUCUUUACAUGCAUAUGGGUUGGAGAGAGUGCUUAAGUGGUUGCAAGGCACAAAAGGGCAUUAUGCGCACCUUCAAACUGAGGCUGGUUCACAAAUGCACAAGACUGGAGUUUUGCUUCUCUCUUCUUGUUGGAAACAUUAUGGCAUGUUGAUGCACUUGGAAGACUACAAAUUUUAUUGGCAUUACAAAGAAUUGGUGGACCAGUACCUGUCUGGGAUUCAGUUUUAUGCUGACAAUUACACUGAAGAGCAUGCUGAGAAUAAAGAAAGUGGAGUAGAGACUAUAAAGUUUUUCCUAAAUUGUCUAUCCCUUUUGUUGGGGCAUUUAGAUGGCAAGCAAUUUGAAAAUGCAAUGUCAGAAGAUGGGCUGCGGAUAUCUCGAGUUCUCAUAUCACAGCUUCACUGUGCUGAUGUGGAUGUGAUUGAUGGCGCUGUUUGCAUCUUGAAAGCAGUCAUCUUUAGAAGCAAUUCUUCCUUGGCUGGAAGCAGUCUCACUAAUACUAGAGAGAUGGAUGCUUUAUUACCAUUGCUCCUACACCUUUUAGAUGAACGUGAUGGCACAGCUAGGGCUGUUGUUGUACUCAUUGCGGAAUACUGCUCCAUAAGCACAGAUAACCAGUGCCUUAAGGAAGUUCUACAGCGUCUUGCUUCUGGAGCUGUUUUACAGAGGAGGAAUGCCAUUGAUGUUAUUUCAGAACUAUUUCAUAUAUCACCAGAUUCGGUUUAUUGCAGGCAAGAUAUAGCAAACCACUUGCUGAAGCUCCUUGGAGAUGAAGAACUGGUAAUUCGAGCACAGGCAACAAAGUUGAUUCCUAUGAUGGACCCAUCUCUGCUUUUGCCUGCAUUAGUUCGUCUUGUUUGUUCAUCAGAUGAAGUAGUACAUUCAUCUGCCAGAAAUGCAUUUGUCGCAGUGCUCAAAUAUCAUAAUAAAAAAUUUGAAGUUUUAUGCAUGCUGCUCGACUGUCUUAGCAAUAUCUGCCAGAACCCAGAUCUUCCUCAAGCUCUAGGUGAUAGAGGGAAAGAAGGGUCAAAGUUGGAUGCUGAUAGAGUGCUCAAGCUGAUCCCUCAGUGGUCAGAAAGUGUAAGCUUGAUUAUUUUGCAAUUUGUGUAUUUUAUUUUAUUUUAUUAUAAGUGAUUUCUUCUAUGAAAA